AGUCACUUGAGAAAACAUCUUCAAGGAUUGUCUUAAAAAUUUCCAUUUUAGAACUGUUCAUCCUUUUGCACGCCACCUUUGAAGCGGCAGAACUCACAGUUCAGACCACAUUACCAUCCACUUACUGAAUGCCAAGGCAACAUAAUAAGCUGCUUAUGCUCAUGAUGAAAGAUUCUAACGGAUUACACUUCUCAAAGUUUCGAUUUCAUAUGUAGAAUUUCCUGGCUGACUUAAGGAGGCUUAAGGGCUGAUGGGAUGGUUCCAACGUACCUAAUUAGGCUUUAGUGGUGUAGCUUAGUAAUAGAGAGAUGCCCGAAUCUUCUUCCUCAACGUGACAAAGUCUUGUCAUUCGUGAGGCUGCUGGCAUAAAGUACAGUGAAUUUAUUGUUGAUACCAGGCUGUUGAAAUGCAGAAACAUUUGCUGUCGCUGCUUCUAUGUCUUUUGCUAUUGCUACAGAAGAUGCACUCUUCAAGGGGAUUCAACUGUCCCCUCUUGGAAUUUCUCAACUUUAACUUAGACACCCUUUCUGUUCCGGAAAGCAGUUUUGUCAAUCUAACAUUCUGGCUGAACGACUCAGGAUGUAAAAAGUCUGACUUUAAUUAUAGAGUUGAGGUACAAACCAAACUAGACAUGGGCAGCUGGGAAUAUGAUGGAAGAAUAUUUCAGACAAACCAUUGUACCGAAGUAACAAGCACGUCUGUUGGUUGCCUCAGUGCAGCAGGUCCAGCAAGACUUUACAAGGUACUGAACCGAUCACACGAGGAAAUCGAGUGGACCUGGACAUGGAAAGACUCUGGUGACAUCAAAACCAUGGAAAAGGGACUAAAACUUUAUGUUUUAUACCCACCAAGCGUAAAAACUCUCACUGUUGACGGACAUGAGGUUAAUGGUACUUACCUCAUAAACGAAGGACAGAGGGUCAACAUUUCUUGCUCGUUUGAGAAAGGACGUCCUCCUGCCGUUGUCCGCCUACUCGUGAAAAAUAGAACUACUUUACAAACAGUUUCUUCGCAAGAAGGAAACCUGAACAAAUCAUUUGUAUUCCAUUGUGCUGAUGACUGGCCAAUUGUUAGCUGUGAAGGAAGCGGAUCAACCUUUAAUCGAUCUGUGUCAUUUCUUGUCAGGUGUCCUCCUCGAUUCGUCAAAGAAUCUGUGAAAAUUGUCAGUUCUUCAGUUUAUGAAGAUGUAGAAUUAGAUGUUAAAGCUUACACAACGGCUGUCACUGGAUGUGUCUUGACAUCCCUGUCUUCACACAAGAACACUCAAAGACAAAUAAACUGCUCUUUGAGUGGUAGCCCUCCUGAUCUUGUCUUAAACUUCCGGCUUGACAAUAACGACAGCAACAUCAAGGAAUGGAUUUUAACUCUGCUCAGUGAAAGAGGUUCUGCAAGCAUAACACUGAGCCCAAGAAAAGAUUCAAAAAACAGGCAAGAUUCGACCAAGCUUGGGCCACGCUUGGGAAAAUCUUGUAACAUUGGUUUGCCCAGCACCAAGCAUCCACCAAGCAAGCGCCAACUUUCCCGUUGCGCGCGCAACGCGAUCGCUCAUUCAGCUGCGAUGGGGAACUUGGAAAAAGCUUGGCGGAACAGUAAUCGGCCAGGAAUCCCGGUCACCAAGUUUGAGCCAAGCUUGCCGACAUCGACUGAUUUAUGACUAUCAAGACACGUUUUACAAAGCGCUUAUUUGUAAUUAUUGUGUAGAUUGUUAAAUCACUUAUAAAUAUAUUUUAUACUUAAAGGUUAUCAUUGUAUCAAAAAAUAUAAAGUGUAGAGAUAUAUUAUCAAGAACCUUCACUCGCGCAACCUUUCGCUGACAUGAAUGAUGUAUGACUAUCAAGACACGUUUUACAAAGCGCUUAUUUGUAAUUAUUUUGUAUAUUGUUAAAUCACUUAUAAAUAUAUUUUAUACUUAAAGGUUAUCACUGUGUCAAAAAAUAUAAAGUGUAGAGAUAUAUUAUCAAGAACCUUCACUCGCGCAACCUUUCGCUGACAUGAAUGAUGUAUGACUAUCAAGACACGUUUUACAAAGGGCUUAUUCGUAGUUAUUAUGUAUAUUGUUAAAUAACAUAUAAAUAUAUUUAAUACUUAAUGAUUAUCACUGUCUCAAAAUAUAUAAAUUAUAUACACAAGUAGCUAUAUUAUCAAGAACGAUCACUCUCGCAACCAUUAUUCGCAUGUGUUCCGGUCACCGCCAUAUUUAAAUAUAAAAUAGAGCGAAAAUGCAAUUACGUUAUUUUAACGACAGGGAUGUAUCUAGAGGAGAUAGUGUGUUAAAUUUAAAUGGGCUGAGUAUGAGCAUAUAUAGGCAUUGGAAGGGUUUUUCUGCUCAAAGCAUAUUAUUUUUGUUAGCAUUAGAUAGUUUCUAUCUGUUAAAAAAACCACUGGAUUGGGUGUGCCCUUAUAAUAUUAAAUGCACCUAAUAGAAAACGCAUGAUCAAUAAAAACAAAACAAAUUGUAAACAAGUUAUUUAGGUUGAUAUAGGCCAGUGUCCAAUUAAAAUGAAAUGCAGUAUUUUGAGUGAGGUAAUAAUAUUUAGAAAAGACAUGUAAUUUGCUAAAGUUUCUUACAAAGUCUUUUCCUAUUUAUUUGCUAGGUUUUGAUGAUCAAAGAUUUAAAGGAUGUACCACAUUAUCGAGCUAUUCGACGAUGGAAAUAAGUCUGCUGCCAUCAUGCCCGAUGAAUGACUAAUCCCAGAGAGCACCAAUAGAUAUUUCUGGCCUAGCUCUAAAGCAGACUCCAUCUGGGUAAAAAACACAAAAAAGCCAGGCCCGAACUGAAAUAUUUUCCCCUACCAGAAGAUAAUUAAAAACUUUGUAGCUCAUUUUAUGUGCACAAUUAUUUUUAAGCUCAACAGUUUUUAUAUCAUAUAUUUCAAGUUUUUAUAUCACGAUUAAUAAGUGGAUGUAAUCAGUUAAUCAGUUCUUGUUAAUACUGAAAUCAUUACAUUAAAUAGUUACAAGUUUCACAAGAAAUGGCUCAGCUCUACGAAGACGAGCUCUUAGUGUUCAACUACGACCUAGGAAUAAGUUGGUCGCAAUGGAAUCUUGUAAUGAAGACGAUUGUCUAUCGCAAGAAAAAAACCAGAGAUGACCGAUGAUACACCAUCAGUGACAAACACGGAAAGGUAAACAAAAAGGCUCAUAAAAAAUGAAUGUUUAUAUCAGUAUCCGAAAUUUUGCUUCUUGAAACUCAUGCUCUUGAAAACUGUUAAAAUUUCUGUUCCUCUGGCUCAAAACAUUUAUUUUCAAUUUUGUUUUCAUUCUGUUUUAUGAAAUAGCCCAUGUUAUGUGUGAUUGUUUUAGUGUUUUUAAAAAAAUAAUAUUACAAUCCUAAGUUUUAAAAAGUACAAAUUCAUUCUCUCUUUUUUACUUAUUUAGAAAAUUCUUAUGCUGUAAAGAGCUUGUUAAAUUUGUGCCUGUGUGCAGGUGACUAAUAGUGGGAAAAAAACUUGAGUAUUGAGCUUGAAGGUGUUUGUACUUCAUCCAGUGUCAAGUGUCCGGUCAUACUACAGUACAUGUUACAAAAUGCUUUUUAGAAAAACCUCUAUGAAACUCGAUCAGUAAACUCUAUGGAGUUAGGUCAAUAAUUGACUACAAGGUUAGUUCAGCCAGUAUUCAGUAUAAUUUGUGUUCAGUCAAAAGUCGCAAACAACACAAUAACGACAACAAUGUUUGGUUUAGACAGCCUGUGUUGUGUUGUUGUCGUUGUAUGCCAACAAAUCGCACUAGUCUGUCCACAUGAACCCUUACAUCGCUUUGCCUGAAUAUUGACAAUCUGCAAACUAACCAUCUGGUCAUAAGAGUGUAACAUUUUUCUAAUUAUAAACACACCUCGCCAUUGUGCAACGAACUGCCACAAUGAAUCAUCCAUGACUCAUUAGAGAUUUUCCCGCUGAGAUAAACUUGCGCCGUGAUGGUGGAUGUGAUUGGGCUUAGGCUGUGUGUCUGUAGGCUGUGCACCCCAGUGUCGCCAUAUCGCCCACCCGUGAUCCAUCGUCUGCUUUUACAGGCCACGUGUCUUCGUCCGUUAUUACCGUUCAUUGACUUCUCCAUACCAGGCCUUCCUUUCAUA